GAGCCGGUGAAGAUGGCGGCUGCUAAACGGAGCCGGAUGGGAGGCUGAGUUUCUUAUGUUUUUACAAAAUUGAAGACAGAUCCCCGACUAAAAAUGCCUGGCAAAAUGGCUUUGCAGCUAUCAGUCGAUUAAUCUUCAUGUGCAGCCUUGUUUGCUAUUGAUUUCUGAAUCAUGGGACGAAAGGGAGUUUGCUGCUGCUGUGCUGCGCUGCGACCUCGCUACAAGCGUCUGGUAGACAACAUCUUUCCUGAAGAUCCUAAAGAUGGUCUUGUUAAAGCUGACAUGGAGAAACUGACUUUCUAUGCAGUUUCUGCCCCAGAGAAGCUGGAUCGAAUUGGGGCUUACCUGGCAGAGAGACUGACCAGGGAUGUGGCCAGACAUCGCUAUGGUUAUGUUUUAAUUGCCAUGGAGGCACUGGACCAACUUCUAAUGGCUUGCCAUUCUCAAAGCAUAAAACCAUUUGUGGAAAGUUUCCUUCAUAUGGUGGCCAAGCUUCUGGAAUCAGGCGAACCAAAGCUGCAAGUCCUUGGGACUAAUUCUUUUGUCAAAUUUGCCAACAUUGAAGAAGACACACCUUCCUAUCACAGGCGCUACGACUUCUUUGUGUCCCGGUUCAGUGCCAUGUGUCAUUCCCGUGACCCUGAUCCAGAAAUACAAAAUGAGAUCCGAAUUGCUGGAAUCAGGGGCAUCCAGGGGGUGGUUCGAAAAGCAGUUAAUGACGAGCUUCGAGCAACCAUAUGGGAACCCCAGCACAUGGACAAGAUAGUGCCAUCACUGCUGUUCAACAUGCAGAAAAUAGAAGAUAUUGACAGCAGAAUAGGCCCCCCAUCCUCUCCUACAGUAGGAGUGAAAGAAGAAAAUCCUUCUGUGCUGGCUGAGAAUUGUUUCAGGGAACUACUGGGACGAGCAACCUAUGGAAAUAUGAACAAUGCUGUCAGACCAGUUUUUGUGCAUUUAGACCAUCAUAAACUAUGGGAUCCUAAUGAAUUUGCUGUUUCCUGCUUUAAAAUCAUCAUGUAUUCUAUACAGGCACAAUAUUCCCAUCAUGUAAUACAAGAAAUCCUUGGGCACCUUGAUGUCCGCAAAAGGGAUUCAGCACGAGUUCGUGCUGGCAUUAUUCAGGUUCUUCUGGAAGCAGUGGCAAUAGCAGCUAAAGGAUCAAUAGGCCCAACAGUUCUGGAGGUUUUUAAUACCUUGUUGAAGCACCUGCGCAUCAGCGUUGACUUUGAGCUGGGUGACCGGCGCAGUUCCUGUGAAAGCACCACUUUAAGCAUAAGCUCCAAGGAGAGUGAUGAGAGGAUUGUCCAGAAUGCAAUUAUUCAAACAAUUGGAUUUUUUGGAAGCAAUCUUCCAGAUUACCAGAGAUCAGAGAUUAUGAUGUUCAUUAUGAGCAAAGUACCUGUUUUGGGAACAACUUCACAAUCGCUGGAUCCCAGUAACCUUGGAGAUUUGGGAACCAGGAGGAUUCAAAUCAUGUUAUUGAGAUCUUUACUUAUGGUGACUUCAGGAUACAAAGCCACAACAAUAAGUAAUGCACUUCCUGCCCCCUUUCUGGACCCGUUGCUGUCUCCUUCGCUCAUGGAGGACUCGGAGCUGAGGCAGCUGGUGCUGGAAAUCCUGCACAACCUCAUCGAUCGGCACGACAACAGAGCCAAGCUCCGAGGGAUCAGAAUAAUACCAGAUGUUUCUGAUCUAAAGAUAAAACGAGACAAGAUUUCAAGGCAAGACGUGAGCUUCAUGAAAAAGCAUGGUCAGCAGUUGUACAGACACAUCUACCUAGGCUGCAAAGAAGAAGACAAUGUCCAGAAGAACUUUGAACUCCUGUUUACAUCUCUAGCUCUUACCACAAUAGAACUGGCCAAUGAAGAAGUGGUUAUUGACCUCAUUCGAUUAGCGAUUGCCUUGCAGGACAUUGCCAUCAUCAAUGAGGAUAAUCUGCCAAUGUUUAAUCGUUGUGGUGUCAUGGCAUUGGUUGCUGCAUAUCUAAACUUCCUGAGUCAGAUGAUUGCAGUGCCUGCCUUCUGUCAGCAUGUCAGCAAGGUCAUUGAAACCAGAAGUGUGGAAGCAGCUUAUUUUCUACCAGAAACAAUUUUCAAAGACAAAUCCAAUCUUCCAAAAUCCUUAGAGAAGGAUGAAACAGAUCUGUUUUUCCUGACAAACAAGAUUGCAGAAUCAUUAGGAGGCAGUGGAUACAAUGUGGAAAGACUGUCAGUUCCAUAUGUGCCCCAGGUAACAGAUGAGGACAGACUCUCCAGGAGGAAGAGUAUUGUGGACACAGUGUCUCUUCAGGUGGAUAUUCUGUCUGGCUGCAGCAUAGAGGAUAAGGUUGAUAAUACUGAAGAAAUCACCUUUGAAGCUUUGAAGAAAGCCAUUGAUAACAAUGGACUUGAAGAACAGGAAAAGGAAAAGAGGCGUCUCGUGAUUGAAAAGUUCCAAAAGGCUCCAUUUGAAGAAAUUGCAGCUCAAUGUGAAACCAAAGCAAACUUGCUUCACGAUAGACUGGCACAGAUACUGGAACUCACCAUCCGUCCUCCACCCAGCCCCUCAGGAGCGAUGACCAUGACUGCUGGACAUCCUCAUUACCAUUCUGUUCCAGUCUAUGAGAUGAAGUUUCCAGAUCUUUGUGUGUAUUAA